AAGGGAGGUGAAGGGGACAAAAACUAAUACAUAUCCAAAAAAAACUUACCUGUUACGAUAGUCCCAAAAAUUGAAACACCAUGGAUCCAGCACUUUUAAGGGAACGUGAGGCCUUCAAGAAAAAGGCUCUUGCGACGCCCAGCAUUGAAAAGAAGAAAAGGGAUGAUUCACAGUCAAGCAAAGAUGACAGCAAGAAGAAGUCCAAACCAUCAAGCUCAGUCAGCUCUGCACCCAAGCUGGAUGCUUCCAAUUACAAGACCAUGUCUGGCAGCUCAUCAUACAGGUUUGGGGUGCUCGCCCGCAUCGUCAGGCACAUGAAGGCUCGGCAUCAGGAGGGUGAUGACCAUCCACUGACCCUCGAUGAGGUCCUCGAUGAAACCAACCAACUUGAUGUGGGGAAUAAAGUGAAACAGUGGCUGCAAACAGAGGCGUUGCAGAAUAACCCUAAGAUUGAAUGCACAUAUGACAGCAAGUAUAGCUUCAAACCAGUCUACAAAAUAAAAGACAAAAAAUCCUUGCUCAGAUUACUAAAGCAACAAGACUUAAAAGGACUGGGAGGUAUUCUAUUAGAAGAUGUACAGGAGUCCCUUCCACACUGCGACAGGGCACUGAAAAGCUUAGCACAAGAAAUACUUUACAUAACUAGAUCUACUGAUAAGAAAAAAAUACUAUUCUACAAUGAUAAGACUGCUAGUUUAGAUGUAGACGAAGAGUUCGUGAAACUGUGGCGGGCGACGGCAGUGGAUGCGAUGGACGAUGCUAAAAUAGAAGAGUACCUCGAGAAGCAAGGCAUCAAGUCUAUGCAGGACCACGGCCCAAGGAAACCGUUAGCUCCUAAACGAAAGAAGGCCGCCCAGAAACGGAGGCAGUUCAAGAAACCAAGGGACAAUGAGCACAUGGCUGACGUUCUUGAAACUUACGAAGAUAAUACGUUGACACAGAAGGGCGUUUCUAUCAAAUAAAUGCUGAAUUAUUAUA